UUCCACAAUGGUGCUGGCUUUGACUCGGCGAAGUCUAUUCUACCAGAAAUUGUUGCAGUUUUAGUAUCAUUUACGAGUGCCAUCGUGGUAUCAGUACUCUCUCAUCGCUCUGAGAACCUCGAUGUUGUUGGCCCGGUACGGCCGGUACGCAUGCCAAACGAUGGCACAGCCCACAACAAAAGUGGGCCGUCGUCGAUAGUCAUGGCAUUGAAGCGCUUUUCAAACUUCGCUAUAAUCGUCCUGUCUGCUCUCGUUGGUUGCGUUCAGCCAUCCUUUCUCAACUGCAUCUAUUUCUUGUCGUUCCUCUUCGUUGCCAGCUGGUGGGCGUUGUACAAACCAUUGCGCCAUAAUGUUUAUAACAGAAUCAAGAAGUUCCUUCUGUUCUUCGCUGCACUUCACAUUCUGGCCAUUUAUGUAUAUCAGAUACCAGUUGUGCAGAAGGCUUUACCAGGCGAUUCCCUCGUGGCCAGGAUCGUGGGUCUCUCACCGAUACUGCUUACUAAUUGCCAAAGAUGGUGGACGUUUUGGCUAAAUACGAGCCUGCAAGUGCCCGCAUACAUUAAUCCUAUGAUUUUG